AUGUCGGCAUCGGUUCGUGCGUUGAAUCCUGAACACUGGACAAUCACCACCAGCAGCGACGGUUCCACAGUGUAUACCUGUAAAGUAUGCCCUAAUUAUACCACUCCCCAUAUCCGUCACAGCACUGCCCAUGAGCGCUCGCAAGGCCACCAAAAGGCUGUCCAACACGCCGAACUUGAGCAGACUGAAGGAGUCACAGACUUCUCACAGAACCCCUUCCCAUCCGGCGGCGACGAGCUAGUUACCGACGAUGUCCUGCGAAACAUCGUCAGCGCAUUGCAUGGAAAUGUUGUCGACAACCCUCCUCUCCCACCCUACCCUCCCAACCAUCCGUCGCUGCGAGGUAUUCAACUCGAGCACGACGCCCAUUGGGACAGAUCACCUGCCACUGGUAUCAACUACGGAAUCCACCAGGAACACACUCAAAUCGAGUCGGAACACCUUCAACAGCUUGUCACGGAGACCACCAAGACAAUAAUGGACCUAUUGGAUUCCGACUUGAGUGACUUUGAGUGGGCGGAGAGGACUGAUUCCGAUGAGGACAGUUCCGAGAGUGAUUCGGAUGAAUCUGACAAUUUCCUGUAUGGAUAUGACGAAGGCGAAGAAGGUGAACCAGACGGACCUCGAAAGCGUGCUAGAGGGCACAGGAGCGAUCCGGCUACAGCGCGGUCGUGGUUUCCGUGGCAAGACAAGUUGACCUGCUCCCUCGAUCUCCUAAUGCACCUGCCACGGUCCGUCUUCUCCCAACGGCAACUGGAGUUGUUUUUAUGGCUCCUGCGGGUCAAUGGAGUCGACGAUGUACCUUCGGUGAAAGCAAUGAAACGGAUUAAUGAAUCCCUGCAAGACCUUUGUGGUAUCGACUCAAAACCGUACCAAGGGGCGAUGGGCAAUCGGUUCUAUGUCAACAAUUUGUCCAAGAUCUUAGCUCAGGAAAUGGCAAACCCCCUUGUUCGUCCUCAUCUUCAGUUCUACCCAGAGGAUUGCGGAAAGCGAGUCUCCGAAGCUGUCCACGGUGCUCGGUGGCUUCAUGAGCUCUCCCACGAAGACUCGACUCCCAUGAUUCGACGCGGUACCACAGACUACUUCAUCCACGAGCCAGCGAUGAUCGUCGAUGGAUCAUGCUGCAUUCCUUUCCGCUGGUUCCGUCGGAAGGGCAAGUUCGUUGCCCAAGCAUGGAGGAUGGAAACACUUACCGACGAAAACGGACGCGAGGGAUGCAGCUCCUAA